CUAAGGAGUAAUAGACACCAACUUGAAGUGACAAAUUGUUUGUGUUUUCAGCAUAUAACCAAUAAAGAUGGCUGUGAAUUUUGUUGUAGAUUAUAAAAAAAAAGACAACAAAUUGUGCAGUCAAGAUGGAGAAAUGCAGCACUGGACUUCUUUCCAUUGAAGAGCAGGAGUUCCAGGAUACUCUGCCAGAAAUCAACCAAAGUCAGAAAAUACCAGUGGCGAUGAAUCCCAGCGACCAAUUGGAGGCCGGUGUUUCCAUCAAUUGGAAGAAGACGGUGGGGGAAAGGAUGGUUGCACAAUGCAGUGCAAGUGGGCCACAGUUCCUCAGCAGCCAUCCUUCUUCAGAGGAUGACGGCUGCCAUGUUGAGGUCCAUCGGACGCUAUCCGAUACAGCGAUGGAUUCAGCGGCUGCGGAGGCUGAUUUCGGAUUCACGUGGCUGGAUGAAACCUCCAAAGAGUACUCUCCGAUUGUGACAUGGCCAACUGACCAACGGGAAGAUGAUGACUUCCAUGAGGCUCCCCCGAGUACAAACAUGCUUAUGGGAGAGAACGAUCCUAUGUGGUGUGGCGCAAUCGUCAGGAGUCCUCCUCCUACGGUUGAGGGCUGUGCUACUUUCAGCUUGCCCACCAAGGAGGACAUUGCCAGCAAGGCCAGUCACACUAUAAUGAAUUGUGGGAAACCUUCAGCGGGAAUGAAGAUAGAUUGCUUUGCGGAUAGCGUCGUCAAAGAUCUUUUUGAGGACUUGACCUGGACAAAUUAUGCCUGGGAAGAUGCUGAGAAAACCCCCACCCACUUGCCUCUCAAAACUGACUUGGAUCUGAGGAUGUAUCCAGAGAGUGCAUAUAAGCCAAAGGAAGAGACCGACUUUGAGCAUAGUUUGAAGAUGAGAGAUGCGCAACCUGAUUGCGACAGUUCCAAAACCAACGUCGUAUUCCCCAAGAGAAAACCACUGAUGGACCACUCCAACUUGUUGGAGACACAAUCCCAUACCGAUACAGUGAAGCCACGGAGAAAACGCCGCGCAAGAAGCAUAUUGCUGAAGAGAAUCAAAGGCCAGAAUACCUCCGCCUUGAAGCGACAAUCAGAAAAAUUUCCACCGAUGAAGCUACGCCAUUCCUCUCGAAAGAAGCCCAACCAUCCAUCAUCAGCCCCCAAACCAGCUACUCGCACUCAAAGGGCGAAACAAGACCGGAUGCUCUGGCAGGACGCCCGGCAAAGGGAGAGCGCCUGCGCCUCCACCAGCGCCUCCAAAAUGAACUCGCCGGGAGGAAUUCUGACCAGGGACCUUAAUACGAAGAGCACUGAGACGCUGAACCAGGAAGAGAAAAAGAAGAUGUUGGAGAGCAUUGAGCAGGCCAGGGCACUACUGCUAACCUUGAUGUUCCAAGAUGGUACCACACAGUUGCAGUCGGAGCAAAGUCCACCGAAUCUCACGCUGUCAGUGUCUGGCCUCCUCCUACUUCUCAUAAACGAUGUGGACAGCUGCCAUCGUGGCCACUCGCUCAGCCAGAACGACCUCCUGCUGUACCAUCAACUGGCCUGCAGUUCGGUACAGGUUGAGCAGCAGAUUUUCACCAGAGACCUGCUGCAGCAGAUGCUGUCGCGAGCUGGCGUCACAGUGUGCUACAGAGCCAAGGAUUUGCUCAGCGUAACUCUCCAGUUGUGCAGACCGCACUUCAGCUGGAAACAAGUGUCAGGCUGCCGUUUCCAGGACCCUCAUGUGUCGGGGUGGUUCCUGGACCCUGAAGAUCCUUGCACCUGCUACCGGGACCUUCAUUGGAAACACACACACAAAAACCUGCCCCCUGCGACGCCCGCCACCGUCUUGUCAGAGCUCUAUUCCCUCUACUACCUGAACAAGAAGCUUUGUGCUGAAAUACAAUGGCAGGGCCUUUGGAAAACCUACUGUGAUAUCGAGCUGAAAAUGAUUCCAGUUCUAGCAGCCAUGGAGAGCCAAUGCUUCCAGAUGGACAAAGAUGCUUUGGAAAGUCAGUCAGAUCUGCUCAAGACUAAGAUGAACCAGUUGGAGGAGGACGCCCAUCGAGCUGCUGGGGAAUAUUUCCUGAUCACCAGCACUAUCCAGAUCCGUCAGGUUCUCUUUGAGAAACUGCGCCUGCAUGAGCGCCUAAACAAGAAGAUGCUUCCUCAGUACAUGGCCACGCGGGAGGAUACCGCAUCAUCUCAUACAUUGCAAAUGUACCAGGAUGUGCAUCCUCUACCAAAGAUCAUUUUAGAGUACAGAGAAGUUGAAAAAACCAGGACGAACUUUGUCGACAAUACCUACGUAUACAUGAUGAUGAAGGGCUUCAUCUCCCCGAACUGGUCGCAGACCAGCGAUGUGAUGGGAAGAAUCUUCUCGGCAAACCCCAACUUCGACACCAUUCCGCUUAAGAUUACCCUGAUGCCGCAUGCCAAAGGCGGUGAGCUGGAUGUGAUGAGUUUCAAUCCUCGAGAAGUAUACAUCUCUGAAGAAGGCUGGACCUUUGUCGCCGCAGGCUUCUGCCAACUGGAGCUGCGACUCCUGGCUCACUUCUCCGGCGACGACAAACUGAUCAACCUUUUUACCAACACCGACUCUGACGUCUAUGCUGUUUUGGCCUCUGAAUGGCUGCGGAAGCAUGCCGUGACGUCAGAGGAGAUUGAACAAGCCAAGCGCAUCGUGUCUUCCAUUUUGUAUGGGAAAGGCCGCGAUUGCCUAGCCAACACAAUGGGGGUAACGCUGCCGGAGGCUCGCCGAUUCCAAGACAACUUCUUCCUGAAGUUCCCAAAAGUGAAAGACUUCAUCCUGAUGACUACGCAGCAGUGCCGCGAGCACGCUUUCGCGUGUUCCCUCACGGGCCGCCGGCGGCCCCUGCGACAUAUCCUUUCCAAAGACACGGCUCUACGCUCGCCAUCGGAGAAGAAGGCUGUGGCCUUUGUGCUGCAAGGUUCCGUGGCCGACCUGUGUAAAAUGGCAAUGAUCCAAGUAUCCGAACUGCUUUGCACCUCCGAAACGCUUUCUGCCAGGCUGAUGGCUCAUUUCAGUGAUGAACUCCUGUUUGAAGUGGAGCAAGCGCAGGUGGAAGAGUUUGCUGCUCUGGUGAAGCGCAGCAUGGAGUCCUUGAGCCACAGCCACCACCUGGGAGUCCAUCUUAAUGUCCCCCUGAAGGUGGCAGUCUCCUGUGGCAAGUCCUGGGGUUCAAUGGCUGCGCUGCACAUGCCACCAGCGUAGCUCAUUUUGGUCUUUUAUCUCUCUCCACGUUCCAAUGUUUGAGCUUGUAGGCUUUCCUUCGCUACGUUUUUUUUUUUUUUUCUUCACACCUCAGCUCAUUUGUCCAGCAUCCAUGUCGCCAUGGAAACCUGGCAGCUGCUCCCAGCACUGGUUUUCACUCCAUCCGUCUCCGGGGGCAACGGCAGGAGCCGUAGACUGGAUUGCACCAGUUUGUCGUCUGCCUUUCACACGCGCUCACGUUACUGAAAUGAGUGAGAUUGUUUAUUGUUUAUUUAUAAUCGUUGUUAUAAAGCGCGCAUGUUCGAUAAUAUACCCACUUGAAUUCUUUCCAAAAAUGUCUCAUCCUCCCCCCCCUCUCCGCCCCCUUCAUAGUUGCGUGACAUGAUGAAAUGAUUGCUAUUUAAUAGAUGAUUUGUUUCCGUGUUUUUUUUUUGUACGGUUUCGGAUAAUUGUUCUGCACUUUGCCUGUUGAACCGAGCAUGCACGUUCCCGCGUAAUACAGGCGUACAAUUCUACCUUGAGCCCAUCUUCUUUUUUUGUCUUUCCUUUCUCCCUCCACCUCCAACUGGACUCACUUGGCUCGAGCCGCUUUUGUCUUGAUUGGAGCAGCUCACGCUAGCACACGCAUUCCACAAAUACGCGUACACGCUUGCAAACGCGCACGCAUACUCGCUAUCUGCCAGGCAGGCCACAGUGCACGCGCUUUUUAGCAAUACAGUACUGUAUUGUCAUGAUUUGUCCAAGCAAUAACAGUGGCUAGAAAAAGUCUACACACCCCUGUUCAAAUGCCUUUUUUAAAAAAAACUUUGUAUUUAAAAAAAAAAAAAAAGACUAAGAUAUAUCAUUUUUAACUUUCACCAUCCUCCGUUUACAUGCUAGUGCCUCCUAUUAAUUUGACCAGGGGUGUGUCGACUUUUCUGUGUUCAACCCAAAGUGGCUACAAUGUGGCAAGCUUCUUUCAUCAUCAAUUCCCUUUUCUUUUCUGGAAUGAGCCGUCUCUCUCCGAGCAGCGCUCCGGGCCGUGCACUGGACAGUGUUAUGGAAAUCUGGCUGUCUAUCCUCUCAUUGUUCUGUUGGUUUAAGAAUUGAAACAGCCCCCCCCGAUCCCCCUCCGACCCUCCUCACCCCGCAGAGGGGAGUGUGAGACUGGCAUGUGCACAUUCUUCAGGGCUCUCUGCAUUUUUUGGAGAAGGGGUGUCCCAAGUCAGACAGGUAGAACAAACACUCCCCAAUCCGGCCUUCACAAUGACUGACAAAGGAAUGACUUCACCUCGUUGGUCUUUUGCAGCGACCGUAUUACGUCAGGAGAAAGACGGAUCCGUUUGGCACGGUCAACAGAAUGAGCCACUGGCCCCCUGCUGCCAUGGCAACCGUAAAACCCGUGAGUACUUGGAUGUCAUCGUGCAGUGUGACAAAUGCAGAUUUUUCAAAUGACAAAGCAUUACCCUGGUCUAAAGGCGUUCAGGCUUAAUGCAUGUUUUUAAUUGAUACAAUAUAUCAAUGUAUGUACAGCCACAUUUAUCGCAAUGCCAACUUUACACCUGUACAGUGUUCCAGUUGGGAAAAAAAAUGAUAUAUACAGGUACAUAUAUAUUUUUUUCCAACCGGGUUCAUAGUCACAGAUCGUAUUUUCCAGUGUGAUGGUACAGCAUGAAGGACAGACAGAGAACUGAUGUCGUGUAACAAAAAGUACGUUUUCACCGUACCCACUGGCCACUCCCAUCCCCGAAUGUAACUGUGCUUUGUCUUCCCUUUCCCGACUCCUCCCCUUUCGUAAACUAGUCAACGGGCCUCAGGUGCUAUUUAUUCCUUGCCUCCAGCGACGACGGCGGGCCCCUUCCCUCAAAUUCCAGACCGUAGCAUAAGUGCGUC